GGACUCCAUUUUUACAUGAACGCGCGAACUUACCGGACGCCGACAUGUUGACCGCUAUCACGCAGUCGUUACUUGCUGUUAUAAUAAUCUGUUUGACGGCCUUCUAUUUCUUCUCAAAACAUCGUUAUGGGUACUGGAAAAAACGCGGAGUGCCACAAGUCGAAGAACCAGUGCUCUUCUUAGGAAACCUUUCCUUCUUGAUGAGAAAGAGUUUCUUUGAUGCUGUCUAUGACUGGACCAAAAAGUACAAGGAUGAGUACUUUGGAAUGUACUUCGGAUGGACCCCGGCACUUAUAGUGAACAAUUCAGAGCUUGCAAAACAUGUGCUAGUGAAAGACUACGAUAGUUUUCAGAACAGGUUCUCGUAUUCAGGGCUCGAUGACGACCCGUUGGGUUCUCUGAAUUUAUUUUCAGUCAAGAACCCCAUAUGGACUCAAAUGAGGAAUGAAAUAUCUCCAAUGUUCACGAGCGCCCGGCUAAAGGGAUUCGCUAACCUUAUGAACUCAAAUUCAGCGGAACUGGUUCGUAAGGUACAAACGGAUUUCAUAGACAACAAUGAGCCAGUUGAUUUCAAGAAAUUGUUUCUCAUGUACACAUCGGACACGGUGGCGUACACAGUGUUCGGCAUCCGCGUCAGUGCCCUGAAGGAGGGCAUGUCGCCGCUCUGGUACAUCACCUGCAACAUGCUCAAGUGGUCCUUCUGGAGAGGCCUGGAGUUCACCAUGAUCUUCUUCAUGCCCGUCAUCGCUGCUAUAUUCAAAUUCAAAUUCUUCUCAAAAGAAGCAACGGAAUACGUAAAAAAGUUGUUCUGGGAUGUUGUGAACGAGAGAAAGAAGACUGGACUAACUAAUGAUACAGAUCUCGUAAACCUUUUGUUGAAGUUGAAGGAUAAUUUGAAACUACCGGCCGAAUCGGGCACGGAACUAGCUGACAACUUAAUGCUGGCCCAAGCUGCCGUGUUCAUAUUGGGCUCUAUUGAAACGUCCUCUACGACGCUAAGCUACUGCAUACAUGAGCUGUCACACCACCCGGAGCAACAGGAAAAGCUUUAUCAGGAAGUUAGUAAGGCGUUGAAAGAAAGCGGAAAAGACAUAUUGGACUACAAUGAAUUACUGGAGCUCAAGUACCUUACUGCCUGCAUCCAUGAAACCUUGAGGAAGUACCCACCAGUUCAGCUGUUGGACAGAGCAUGCAACAACACGUUCAAAUGGAAGGACCUUACUAUUGAGAGUGGUACUCCAGUAUACGUGAACAUACUAGGCAUCCAUUACGAUGAGGAGAAGUACCCCCAGCCUGAUGAAUGGCGCCCGGAAAGGUUUAUAAACUCCUCGGAUAAUGAUAAUCACGACUUCAGCUUUUUGCCUUUUGGAGAAGGACCGAGAUUUUGCAUAGGUAAACGCUACGGCAUGACGCAGAUUCGUUGUGCACUCGCUCAGCUUAUAACUAAGUACAGAUUUGAGUCCGAUUCUGAAUACAAAGUGGUGUCAGACCCUUACAGCGUUUUGCUAACACCAAAAUACGACACCAAAACUAAAAUAUUUGCUCGUUCUUAGAAAGUAGGACUGAUUAUUUUGCAGAGUACAAAAUAUAUUAAUUUAACAUUUAAUAUAUGUAUAUUUCGUCAUAGCCUUUGUAGUAGGCAUCCAAUAAAAA